GCAAAUGUAUCUGAAUGUACAGAACUUAAAUUUAUCCGUGCCUUGGUGUCUGCUGUGCAUGAAAAUGCCAUAAAAGAUACUACUUCUGGGUGGGAAUUAGAUGUUACGAAAUUGAAAAAAAGGAUAUCUAUACUAACACCGUAUAUAGAUAAUAAUGAAAAUCUAGAACUUCAAGCUUUAUAUGCUAUUCAGUCACUAAUGAAUCAGCAAAAUCAAUCUAAAGGAAUUCUAAGGCAGAUUUUCGACAUCUUCUACGACGAUAACGUUAUCACCGAAGAAUCUUUUAAAAACUGGGAACAAAGUGAUGAUAUAAACGAAGUGGAAGGCAAAGGUGUAGCAUUACAUUCUCUCAAAUCUUUUUUCACUUGGCUAAAGGAAACAGAUUCUGGUGAUUCUGUGACUGAUGAAUGA